GGAUAAGACGCUCAUCCCCAGCAUGGUGGGAUUGCAUAGCUAUCAGAGUUUCUCUAUCGGAGUAUCAAUCAGGCUUUGCAAUGGAAAACGCUAUCAAGCCGUCUAAGAGGGCUCUGGCCAACCUCGAGUUGGAGUCUCCCGCCGACUUGGAAGACAAGAUCUCCCACCUUCCCUCUUACGAUCCAGAAAUAUGCCCUGAUGGUCUCAUAGACCUAUCUGGCGCCACAAACAUGCUCGUCAGCGACCUGAUGGGGGCGCAUAUCGGCAAGUUUGUGAAAUACUAUCCUGUCGAAAAUGCUCUUCUAUACGGGCCAGUGAACGGCCCCAAGGAACUCUCGCUGGCUGUGGCCCAGUUCAUCAACCGCCGCUUUACACCGGCCACAGCCGUCCAGGCAGAGGACAUUCUAACGACCAACGGCGUCUCUACGCUCAUUGAUAUGAUGUCGUUCAACUUUUGUGAGCCAGGUGAAGCCGUCAUGGUCCUCACCCCGACUUACCUCAUGUUUCCCCAUGACCUCUGCGCUCGCACGGGAGUCCAAAUGAUUCCCGUGUCGACAGAGAGCGUCCCCGAUCAAUACAGCUCCAAGUAUGCGUCCAAAAUGAUUCAUAAACUUGAACAGGCGUAUCUCGUCUCUCAGGGUUGUGGGGUGAACACACGCGCUCUCCUCAUCUGCAACCCUUGUAAUCCGACGGGACGCAACUACUCCAAGGCAUCGUUGCUCGAGAUGGCUCGUUUCUGUGGCAGGCACAAGAUGCAUCUGUUGUCGGAUGAAAUCUAUGCCAUGUCGAGCUUUGAGCCCUUGGAGCCCGGACUAGACAUGUUUUCAUCCGUGCUAAGCAUCGAGGAUAGUCCCCACGACGGCGUCUUCAAAGAGAACAUCCACUGCCUGUACGGUGCCAGCAAAGACUUCGCAGCCGGAGGUAUCCGUCUGGGUUUCCUGGUGACACGCAAUGAGCUGCUCUGGAAAACAUGCCGCCGUCUGGCCUUGUUUACCUGGGUCAGCUCCUUCUCGACUGCCUUUUUCACCCAUUUCCUGUCGGACGCAGAGGCUGUGGACGAAUAUCUCGCUGUCUACCAGAGUCGUUUGCGGACAAGCUACGUUGCGGCGAGCGAGUCCUUUUACAAACAUGGCAUCCCAUUCCAACCCGCCAAUAGCGGCAUGUUUGUCUUUGUUGAGCUGACCGAGUGGCUCAAGUACUUUGACGCUCCGGAUGUCAAGGGUCAAGAAGUCCAACUGUACCACUAUCUUGCCUUCCAAGCAGGUGUCCACCUUAACAUGGGCCAGAUGUCGUUGUCUUCUAUACCUGGAUGUUUCAGGUUUGUCCAUGCAGCUGGGAAUACGAAAACAGUAGCACUGGCCAUAGCGCGCAUUAGGGAUGCGUUGUCAAAGCUAGAAGCAAAAGGUUCUGUUUUGGAUCGACGUCUUAUAUCCGUCAGUAGCACGAGCGCGACAGAGUCAGUCAGUGAUGAGAAGCACAAGGAGCCAGCCGCAGAGCGUAAACUGGGCCUAAGAGGUUCAAUAAUUCGUCUCCUUUCUUGCACUACGCACGGCGUAUAAGAAUGAAGAGUUCGCAUUUAGAAAACGGUCGUGUUGAUUCUACGGAUAUAAUAUCCAUAGCUAAACGUGUAGAGAUGAUAAUCCAUGUACUCUGUAAUACCCGGUGAGAGCAUGAAGGACAUGUUGUUUUGGUAGUUAAGUACGAAGAGAGAAAAUGAUAACCC